ACUUGCAGUCUGCUAAUCAACAACAACCGGCGAUCAAUGCACACGCAGCGUUGUCUUGCAUUUCGUCAAGUGCUCGAACAAUCCAAAAUCCUCGAUCUUCAAUAUCACCUUCACUAUCACCAUCAAGCCCUGAAAACGUGCCAUUCUCUUCGGUGUCAACAAGCUCCCGAAAUACCCCAUCACCUCAAACAUGUAUUCCGUCGAGAAAUUCUGCAUUGCUUCCAGCACAUAGUAGCUCAACACAGCCUAGUUCUCACAAUGUCACUAUUCCCGCGACAUCUCCACAAUCUAUUGUGCUUCCUGAGUUCUUAUCUGACUUUGAAGGGCCAACAAAUUAUACAGAGGCGUCUUCACAAGAAAACAUUUCGACACCUAAAAGAAGAUCAGAGAAUAUACAACAACAGAAUGAUUCUUUUGACGGAUGGAUUAACAAGAAAAAACGCACUGACAAUAUUGAAACAAAUUUUUUGAAAGUAUCGUCGGAAUUAAGUUCAUAUCUCAAAACAAAAAACAUGCAACAAUAUAAUACAACAUCAAAUGCAAGCGAUGUGGAAUCAUUUGGAAAAUGGAUUUCUUGUGAAUUGGGAAAAUUGCCUGAAAUGGAUAAAAAACAAAAAAUGGAAAAAAUUACACAUAUUAUAUUCAGUUAAUAAGUUUAUGUACGUAUUAUGAGAUUUAUGAGUUAAUAAAACAAAUUAUAUUUAGUUAUUAAUAAGUUUUUAUGUACGUUGAUUAAGAUUUGGUUAGCAACCAGCAAACAUUUAAUAUUAUAUAAAAUAUAUAAUAUAUGAUAACAUAUGAUUAUAAAAAUGUAUACGUUUAUAUA